CACACUCCAUAUAUCCAACAUGGUUAACCAGGCCAAGCUUGAGAAGCUUAAGCGCAUGUCCAAGGUCUCGCGGACUGGCGGCAAGGGCUCGAUGCGCCGCAAGGUGCGCAAGGUGCAGAAGUCGUCGGGCUCGACGGCCAAGAAGCUGUCGGCGACGCUGGCCAAGGUCAACAAGCAGGCGCUCCCCGGUGUUGAUGAGGUCAACAUGUUCCGUGAGGACAACUCGGUUCUUCACUUCUCCCGCCCGAAGGUGGAGGCCUCGUUCCAGGCUAACACCUUUACUGUCCGCGGCACCUCGCAGGUCAAGACCAUCACCGAGCUCAUGCCCGAUGUCCUUCACCAGCUCGGCCCGAACGCCAGCAACUUCCUCAAGAACCUCCUUGAGUCUGGCGCGCUCAACGGCAUGACCGGCAACGCGGCGCUGACGACUCGGAUGACGACAUCCCCGACCUUGAGGGCAACUUUGACGAUGCUGCCGCCGAGUAAAUGAUGAUUGCGCUUG